AUGCCACUUGGCUUUUGAUGGAGGGGAGGAGUGUUCUACGAGAUAGCUUUAUUUACUGCAGCCCAGCUCCAAGUGCUCCUGACUCUUUCAGGAGUGGAGAAUCAUUAGAGCUCCUGAUCCACAUUAGAAAAGUAAUCUAUCAGCAAUGGAGACUGCCUGCGUGACAAGUAUUCCUGCAGAGACUGAGGACGAAUUUGAAAUUGGACAUCAGGAGGAGCAGCCAGAAGUAGAUUCUGAAGAGGAACUUCCAGAAACUCCGACAGAUGUCAAAAUACCCGCUCACCGGAGUUGGGUUCCGAUGAUUUACACUUAUGUUUCAAAGGAGUCCUAUAUGUUUGCAGGCUACGAUAUCACCAUCCAUGAAUCAACCGAUCACUUUGGAGCCGUGAUCUGGCCAGGGGCAGUUGCUCUGUGUCAUUUUCUAGAAAACAACUGGAAGGAGUUUGAUCUUAAUGACAAAAAUGUACUGGAAUUAGGAGCCGGAACAGGACUUUUGUCUGUUGUGGCUUCCUUACUCGGUGCUUAUGUAACAGCUACCGAUCUUUCCUGUACGAUUGGUAACUUACAAAGUAAUCUUAUGAGAAAUACACGAAACAGAAGCAAACAUCUACCUCAGGUUAAGGAGCUGGCUUGGAAUGUAGAUUUAGAUAAAAACUUCCCUCACUCUGAUGUUCAUUACGAUUACAUUCUAGCAGCUGAUGUUGUUUAUCAUCAUGACUAUCUGGAUGAGCUACUGGUCACUUUUGAUUACUUCUGUCAAAGAAGUUGUGUCAUAUUGUGGGCAAACAAACUUAGAUUUGAAUCAGACUAUGAAUUUUUGGAAAAAUUCAAGUUAAUGUUUGACACAUUCGUUCUGGUAGAAGAUACAAAUUCUGAAAUUGUAAUAAUUAAAGGGAUAAGAAAGUGCAAUAACAAACCGUAGUGCAAAUUUCAUGCGCGUUUUCAUAGCAUAAUUCUCAGUGAAAAGACUUGUUUCUUUUAAAUCCACUUAAUUAGAGAUAUACCUUAUUCAAAACAUAUAAAGUUUACAAAUGUAACACUUUGCUCAGUUCUAAUUCACAUGUUACCUUUACCUUGUAUGGCAGCUGACAUUGUAACACUAAACUCUAGAAUAUAUUGGAAGAUCUUUCAAGUUACCAAUAGCUUGCACUCUUCAUCGCAUCGGCUGUGUUAGUUUUGAAUUUUGUAGGUGACAUCUGCUGUAUAUUUAGUUAGAAAUAGCAUUUAGUGAAAGGUUUAGUCAAUUUAUUGAUCAGAUUUAUAUAAUUUGUAUGAGCUAAACAAAAUGAAUGUUGUAUUUCCUAAAGAAAUACUUUAAUAUUGACGUAAACCUAAUUAAGAGGAUGUACAAUGAGGAUAUUUAAUCACUGAAGCAGAAAUGCAAUUUUCUCUAUCCUGUCAAAUUUAUUUCCUGUUUAUUAUGCAUCAUCAAACAUAGUGCAAUAUUAUAAGACAGUUUGUUUACAGCACGUUAACACAAUAUUGCCUUACAUAUUCUGAUACAUGAAUUGAUUUUGCAUGCAUUUCUAUUAAAAUGUCAUUUUCUAUACUUGUUUCUAUUUUAUCAUUUAUUUCUUACCUGUAUGCAAAUUUUGGAACCAUGGUUUUACUGAUAUUUCCAUGUUUUAAUCUGCCUGCCUGCCUUAGCCCAUAAUGUAUUUCAAAGGUACAAACACCUCAAAAGUAAGCUGAGUAAAACAAAUGCAUUGAAAGUGCUUUUCAGGCACAGAAGUAGUUGUAAAGUUUGGAUUAAACUUUGCACUUAAUACUUAGGAAAUGGGCAACAAGAACAAAGGAUGCAAUGAGUUAAUGGAUGUGUGUUAAAUUAUUAGCCAAGACAA